CAUCAGGUCACCUUGGUGUUUGCCUUGAUAAGAGAUCUCCUUGCAGCCAUCAGGAAGAUCGUAUUAAAAGAUUUAAUGUUGUUGGAUGAAACUUAUAACAAGUUUAAUUGCUUCAUUUAUUUUGCAGAAAGUGGCUAAGAUUAAAAUGUCUGUAGAGGACUCAAAUGUUAGAUGUCAAUCAUCCUCCAGACUGUGUCACUGGCUCAUCACUAACUCUAACUGCAGCCGGCAAAUCAUAUUCCCAUAUCACUCUUACAGUGGUCAUGGCAAGAAAUGUCAAGAUACUUCGACAAGUCAAAGACAGUGCCUUCCUCAUCUUUUUUCAAGUCUUUUUUGUUUCUCUAAAGUCUAUGCCUCAGAUGUAAAACCCAAAACUGAUGAUACUUUUUUGAAUAAAGAUGAAAACCUUGUACAGGAUCCAAGUGUUUCAACAAAUACAGAAAGGGAUUUGACAUCUCUGAACUUAAAUUAUCAGGAACUGGAAAUAUUGGCCAGAGCUUACAUUGAAAAGGAAUCUGGAAUGGAAAGAAUUUACAUGAUAUUUAGAAGAGAGUAAGUCUCUACUUAUUUAGUGUUGUAUAUAAUCAAUUCUGUUGUUAUUUAUGCUAGAAUUUUGUCUUUUAUUCUUCCAGCUCUUACAUCUAAAUUAAAUAUAUUGAUUACCGGUAAAUGAUUUGAUGAAAUCAAAUUUGCUUCAAUAUUUGAUAAUGUGUCAAUUAGUCGUCCCCCCCCCCCCUCCCUUCUUUUUUCCCCAGUAAAAGUAUUGUAGGGUGUGUUUAAUGAAUGACUAAUGUUUCAUUAAUUAAUUGAAGUCACAAAGGACAUAAAAGUACUGAGCUCCAGGUGAUCCAUGUGGCUCUCAUCCAGACUAUGGUGGUAUGUUUCUUCUUGAAGUACAUCCCAGCCUGGAAGAUGGCAAAGGACACGUUCAUACAAGAACAUCAAACCACUGUCUUUAGAACCCGCUUGGAGGCCCUGGUAUGUGUUCUUUGAGAGGUCGAGUUGAAAAAUUGCCUAGCAUUAUAAUUUUUGAGCCAUGUAUUGUUCCUAUAAUUAUAUUAGGCGAUCUUCAGUGCAUUUGUUUUUAUAUAUUGUCCAAGUUACCCCAGAAACUUUUGUUUUUAUUCUUUAAUUUGAUACAUAUGUCAUUCAAUAAUAAACUUUUUUGUUAAAAUCUGAAAUAAACCAAAUUUUUACUAUUUGGUCAUUUAUGUUCAAAGAAUUAUUUUUAUUCCGGAUUAUAUAAAUUAGCUUUAGAAAAUAAAAAUAAAGAUUCUAGUAGUUAACUUCCGGUAUUUAUCUUUUAAUUAAUCACCACAAUGUAUUGCCAAACACAGUGGCCUCAAAAAAAAAAUUAUGUUAUUUAAGUCGUUUUUUUUAUAGCUACUAUCUACCAGUGUCAAGAAAUUUUAAUUCUUUCCUGAUGUAGAAAAUGUGGAUUAGAUUUGACCCGAAAUUUAAGUUAAAAUAGAGUGAAGUGCAUUUACGUAACAAUAACAGCCAAUGCCACCCUAAGCCAUGAUGAUAUUAUUCUGUCUGUCUUUCUACACCAGAGAAGGCUUCAAGACCAAGUCUCUUACAAAGCUAGUAUGGCUGGUGGACGUUUUGCAGCAAAGGUCACAUUUUUCUCAGCUAGCUUUUUGUAAGUGAACAAAAGACAAAUCUUUACUAAACUCAUUAGGUUAUUCUUAAAAAUGUAAUAUGUAGAUAAAAUAAUUGAAUGUCUACAUUUACCUAGAAUGGGCAUGAUCAAACAUAUAAUAUGUAAAUGACUAUGCUAGUUGAUCCUUUGUGUGGAAUAAAAUCCUAGCUACACAUUUUUGUCUAAUAAAACCCUUUUUCUAUUCCAAUUUUGAUGAGCCUCAAUGACUUAAAUACUGUUUAAUCUCUUACAACACUAUCUGUUCUGUUCAUUUUGUCACCCACCAGUCUCAUGACAUUUGGUCACUUAUUAACAAGACAGUUUAAGAGUUUUGUUGCUUACUGUUCCUUGUGAACUGUAUUACAUAUUUAUCUACACACACUUUUGUUAGAUUACAUGGUCAGCAAGUGUUACUAAUAUUACAUCAAGCUACAUACAUAUUUUUUUUCCACAAAUAUUUUCUAAUAUUUGCUUAGUGAUUAUGUCACCUCAACAGGUUCCUGUCUCAAAUGAUAGCUGCCUACAGAAAUAAAACAUCCGUCCUAGAGUAUACAAUAGCUGCUGGUAAAUAUGUUUUGCAACUUCAAUACAUCUUCUUUAAAAAAAAUUGGAGCAAUUUAAUUGCUGUUUUAAGUUGAAAACUUCUUUAAGGAAUCAAGGAACUGACAUUGCAUUUGCAUCUUUUUGUUUGGUUGUUGUUGUUGUUUUUAAACGAGGGGAGGCUACUUACGAUUUCAAAGGAAAUUUUAAAAAAAGAUCUCUCAUAAGAAAAUUAAUAGUCGGGGCUAUUUUUUUUAAUGAGCAAAUUUUUAGGCAUUAAUGAAGUUCAAUGUUAUCUUUUUAGUAUAUUUCAGUAAUUUGAAAUUGUUUUAAAAAGAAAUUAUCAAUUACGGCAUCGUUUCAUUUUUCUAGAAAAGUCAGAAAACAUUCUGCUCAGGGGUGAUGGUCUUGCUGAACAUGAGUUGUUUUUUUUCUUCUGCUGUAGUUAAUCAAGAAAAUUUUUCAUUUUAUAAUCUUAAAUCAUUUUGUCAAAGUUGUGAUAUUUUUUCAGUCUUUGCAAAUCAGCCUAUUGUAAUGCAAUGUUUCUUUCAUAUUUUCAUGUUUAAAUAGUAGAGUUUUCUUUCUUUUAAUAUGCUUUUUUUGCAACAGUAAAUUUAAGAAUGAUCUGAAAAUAUCAAUGAUAUUAUUCUUCUUCUGCUAUAUAUUAAGGGCCCACGAUCAAUUUAUUGAUCAUUUUGGAUCCUAUAUUAUUCCACAUAGAGCAGUUCCAUGUGAAGUUUUUUUUUGGGAUCGUUCUACAAACGGUACUGCCAUGAACACUAGGGUAUACCUAUAACAGCUACUUUAAUGCAGUUUUAAUUUACUCAGAGAGAUCAGAGGAGUGGGGGAGAGAAAUCAGGGUUCUUUUAUAACUAUGCACUUAUGUUUUUAUUUACUGAUUAAAGGCAUCACCGGUGGAUUGUCAAGAAUCAGUUUUGGAGUAAAAGGCUUUAUUUCAGGAUCUGUUAUUGGUGCCACUUUAGGGUAAACUUUUCAUUACUAACUUUUCAAGCUUUAGUUUUAAAUUUAGCAUGCGGUACCCUAUAUAAUUUAUGUGAUUAUUUCAUCACUAUGAGAUGGCAAAGACUCUAAGAAUGCUCUCUUGCAGCAUUUCAACAACUAUUUGUCCAAAGCACUUUUAAAAUUUCUUCAUUUAAUAUCUAAUUAUAAGAGAGUUGGACUGCAAUAAAGCUUUCACUUAUAUCAAUGAGACAAAAACAAUUUGUUUCAAUAAAACAAUAUACGUUAAGAUUUAAUUAUGGCAGCACAGAAUACAAAUAUAAAUGUUUUGGCAAAUGCCUUCAUCGGUAAAAAAAAAAACAAAACAAAAAAACAUUAAUAUAAGUAAAGAUUAAAUUUGCAAUAUAUAUAUAUCCUACUUAAACAUAAAAGAAAAGAAUAUGAAUGGACACAAGUCAUGAAGAAAAACAAAGCUCAGACGGACAGAAAGGAAGUCAGUGAAAGUAAAAUUUUAAAAACCAUACAAGAAAAGGACACUACAGCUGUAUAUACUUAUUUGAGUGUUGUUUUUUUUAAUGUCUAUUUAAUAUCUAACUUUGGACCUGACUUCAAGAUGUAGGAAAAUCUUAACUCACAAGAUGGUAUUUUUAAAGUAUAUUUUAUAAAGUAAAAGCAUAAAAAAAAUCUUCACUUCAGGCAGUCUGAGAAACAUCAUGAGGUUAAUUUACCAGUCAAUUAAUGCUUACAGUAGCACUGUUAAAAAAAUACCUACUUUGAAAAUAUAUGAAGAACUACAAAAAAUAAUAAUUUCUGCUACAAUUAUGCAUGCUAUAAAUGAGACUUCCUCCUAUUGUGGUUAAUUUUAGCUAGUCUUCCUUCACCAGUAACCUCAGUUAGCAACUAGGUGUUGCACAAUCAGAUUUGUUAAGUGCUAACAAUAUUUUUUUUAUCAAAGAUUACAUUUGAGCCUGUGUCAGAUGUAUUAUGUUUACUGCAGCGAAUCCCAACUGGUCUGCCCUAAGACCUCUGUGAAUUUACGGAGUUAUAAAUUUGCUUGAAUGAUUGCAACAAACGGCAGACGCCAUGUAAAUUACAGGGCUACAACCAUAAAAAACACAUUUUCAGUGUGGCAGGACAUUCAUAUUUUGUUAAGGGGUACAGUCACAGUCAAGGUGUUGGAAGCACUGGUGACUGCAGGCUUAAUUGCCGGUCAAUGGGCUGGUUAAUUAAUUGGUUGGUCAAGAUGACCUAGGGGGAUCUGGAAUUUCUUUCUUUGAUCACCUUAUCUUGAUUACUUUGUGCUUCACCUCCGUCAAAACAUUUCUUACCACUUACCAUGCAUCUCUACAUCACUUACCGUGCAUCUCUACAUCACUUACCGUGCAUCUCUACAUAUUUAAUUAAGAUAUCUAACAGUGUCCAAUAGCUUUACAUUUACAAUGACUUAUUUAAUUGUUUUGUUCUCAAUGAUCACACAUAGCUUUGGCACAAUAUGAGAGUUUUUUUAAUUAUUUUUAAUAAUUACUGGAAGCUUUAUUUCCACCUGAUGGAUCUUUUUAGUUUCAUUUUAAUGAAAAAUUAUAAUGGUUUAUAUUAUUGUGCAAUUAUGUGGAAAGACAAAAAUAGAUUCAUAAUUUAGCAAACCAACCAUUUUUUUUUUUGUGUGUGUUAAUUCUAAGUUUCAAAAAUCUAUCUGUGUGUGCCAAGUCAUUAAUGAUCUGUUCUAUUUUAUAGUUUUCUUAUGACGUUGCAAACAAACUCAAAUAUUUAUCAAUCAUUCCAUCCUUACAGAACUUUCCUUGGUGGAGUAGUCUGCCUGGUGUGCAAAAGUUUAGGUAUAACUAAUGAUAUUCGACAUCUGGAUGCUGUUAUGGCUAAGCUUGCAGUUGAAAAGUAAGUAAACAAAGCCUUACUGGCCAGUUUUAUUUUUUUUUAUGAAACACAUUAAAAAUGUAUAGUAAACUCUUUCAAUUGCUUAGCCUUAUGUUCAACAAAAAUUUCUGCACCCAUUAAAGCUUUGCUUCUUGUGUAUUAAAAUUUUGAUGUUACAGUAUUUUUAAGCUGUUCAAUUACAUAUUAUAUGAAGAGAAAAAUUUAUUAUGACUACCAGAACAAAAUGGUAAUUAAAGAGAUUGCAAUCUAUUUGUAAAAUUUUAACAUAGGUAGUCCUAUUACACAACAUAAUGUUGUACUCCAAAUGGUGAAAAAGUGAGGAAUGCAUGUAAAGGGGGGCAGGUUAAUUGAAAUUGACAUGCAAUACAGUUUUAAAAGGUUUCAAACAACUAUAUGAAGAUGUCAUUAUUUUUUAACUUAUCUUUCCUUUAAAAUUUCAGCUGUACAUUUUGUUUGAGUUUAUGAGGAAUAUGGCUGUAAUAUUUUAUUAGUAUUAAUUUUCAGGCUGUAUCUCAAAUCCCAGGAUCGUAUGGCUUACUUUUAACCCUAUAACAACAUUAGUUUUGUAUGGACUUGUCUUCCUGUAUGAAUGCUGCUUAAUGUGUUAUGUAAAUAAAUAUAAGCAAAAAUAUCUUUAAAGGGAAACAACUUACUAAACUACACUCCAGUUAUUUAAUAACUUAGUUCCCCUUACCUAUUGAAGGGAAAAAAAAAAAGUCUUCAUAUUGUACCCAUGACAUGAUAUUUAUUAAGUUGAGAGACUAAUCUUUAUGGAAUUAUUUAUAAAAAAAAAUUAUUUUCACAUCAAAUCUUUUUUUUUUGUUGCAAAUUAAAUAGAUAUUUAUUAAAAAAAUAUAUUGCUGUGAGUAAAAAUGUUAAAAUACUUUCUUUUUAAAUUAAUUAAUCUUUUGAUAUAUUUAUGUUAUAAAAUAAUGAGUAUCAUAUUAUUUUUCUGGUGUUUAAUAAAAAAUACUACUUGAUUAUUAAAGAUAUUUAUUAAAAAUGUUAAUUUUGAAAUGAAGCUGUGCUUGUAAAAUUAAAUACAUUGAUCACCAUGUUAACAGUGUCAGAAAUUUCUUCACAGAUCUAUUGUUGGUGAGGAGCAGUUUAAAGCCAAGCUACAAGAACUAACCAAGAACCACGUUUUUGAGACACAAGCUGUUUCAUGAUAUUUGUAAUCUCUGUGCGAGAUGUGACCUUUUUGUGAUGAAUGUUUCUGUGGACACUGCCCUGGAAAAUAAAACAUAUUUUGAUGAUUUAGCACUGCACC